AUGGCGUCACUCAUCAAAACUGCCGUGGACAUUGCCAACGGCCGCCAUGCGCUGUCCAGAUAUGUCAUCUUUGGGCUCUGGCUUGCGGAUGCGGUGCUGUGCGGGCUGAUUAUCUGGAAAGUGCCUUAUACGGAAAUCGACUGGGUCGCCUACAUGGAGCAAGUCACCCAGUUCGUCCACGGAGAGCGAGACUACCCCAAGAUGGAGGGCGGCACAGGGCCCCUGGUGUAUCCCGCGGCCCAUGUGUACAUCUACACAGGGCUCUACUACCUGACGAACAAGGGCACCGACAUCCUGCUGGCGCAGCAGCUCUUUGCCGUGCUCUACAUGGCUACUCUGGCGGUCGUCAUGACAUGCUACUCCAAGGCCAAGGUCCCGCCGUACAUCUUCCCGCUUCUCAUCCUCUCCAAAAGACUUCACAGCGUCUUCGUCCUGAGAUGCUUCAACGACUGCUUCGCCGCCUUCUUCCUCUGGCUCUGCAUCUUCUUCUUCCAGAGGCGAGAGUGGACCAUCGGAGCUCUCGCAUACAGCAUCGGCCUGGGCGUCAAAAUGUCGCUGCUACUGGUUCUCCCCGCCGUGGUCAUCGUCCUCUACCUCGGCCGCGGCUUCAAGGGCGCCCUGCGGCUGCUCUGGCUCAUGGUGCAGGUCCAGCUCCUCCUCGCCAUACCCUUCAUCACGACAAAUUGGCGCGGCUACCUCGGCCGUGCAUUCGAGCUCUCGAGGCAGUUCAAGUUUGAAUGGACAGUCAAUUGGCGCAUGCUGGGCGAGGAUCUGUUCCUCAGCCGGGGCUUCUCUAUCACGCUACUGGCAUUUCACGCCAUCUUCCUCCUCGCCUUUAUCCUCGGCCGGUGGCUGAAGAUUAGGGAACGGACCGUACUCGGGAUGAUCCCCUAUGUCAUCCGAUUCAGAUCGCCCUUUACCGAGCAGGAAGAGCGCGCCAUCUCCAACCGCGUCGUCACGCCCGGCUAUGUCAUGUCCACCAUCUUGUCGGCCAACGUGGUGGGACUGCUGUUUGCCCGGUCUCUGCACUACCAGUUCUAUGCAUAUCUGGCGUGGGCGACCCCCUAUCUCCUGUGGACGGCCUGCCCCAAUCUUUUGGUGGUGGCCCCCCUCUGGGCGGCGCAAGAAUGGGCCUGGAACGUCUUCCCCAGCACGCCUCUUAGCUCGAGCGUCGUGGUGAGCGUGCUGGCCGUGACGGUGGCCAUGGCGUUUGCAGGUUCAAAUCCGCAGCCACGUGAAACAUCGAAGCCGAAGCAGCACUAA